UGGGUGCCGAGCUCUGGCCAUGCCGCUGAAACUCUCCCUCCUCCUGCUGCUGGGCUGCCAGGCCUGGGCUGCUGUCUCAGCCUACUAUGGCUGCCCCAGCGAGUGCACCUGCUCCCGGGCCUCGCAGGUGGAGUGCACAGGUGCGCGCAUUGCAGUGGUGCCCACGCCCCUGCCCUGGAACGCCAUGAGCCUGCAGAUCCUCAACACGCACAUCACCGAGCUCAAUGAGUACCCGUUCCUCAACACCUCGGCCCUCAUUGCCCUGCGGAUUGAGAAGAAUGAGCUGUCCACCAUCCUGCCGGGGACUUUCCGCAACUUGGGCUCCCUGCGGUACCUCAGCCUGGCCAACAACAAGCUGCAGAUCCUGCCGGUCGGCCUCUUCCAGGGCCUGGAUAACCUUGAGUCACUGCUGCUGUCCAGCAACCAGCUGGUGCAAAUCCAGCCAGCCCACUUCUCCCAGUUCAGCAACCUCAAAGAGCUGCAGCUUCAUGGCAACCACCUGGAGUACAUCCCCGACGGUGUCUUCGACCACCUGGUGGGGCUCACCAAGCUCAACCUGGGCAAGAACAGCCUCACCCAGCUCUCACCGCGUGUCUUCCAGCACCUGGGCAACCUGCAGGUGCUGCGGCUGUAUGAGAACAGGCUGGCGGACAUCCCCAUGGGCACCUUUGACGGGCUGGGCAGCCUGCAGGAGCUGGCCCUGCAGCAGAAUCAGAUCGGCGCUCUGUCACCUGGCCUCUUCCACAACAACCGCAACCUGCAGCGGCUCUACCUAUCCAACAACCAUAUCUCCCAGCUGCCGCCCGGCAUCUUCAUGCAGCUGCCUCAGCUUAACCGGCUCACGCUCUUCGGCAAUGCCCUCAAGGAGCUGUCCCCGGGCAUCUUCGGGCCCAUGCACAACCUGCGCGAGCUCUGGCUCUAUGACAACCACAUCACCUCCCUGGCUGACAACGUCUUCAGCAACCUGCACCACCUGCAGGUGCUGAUCCUCAGCCGCAAUCAGAUCACCUUCAUCUCUCCCGGUGCCUUCAAUGGGCUGGGGGAGCUCCGCGAGCUGUCCCUGCACACCAACGCGCUGCAGGACCUGGACGGGAGCGUGUUCCGUGCACUCACCAACCUGCAGAACGUCUCCCUGCAGAACAACCGCCUCCGCCAGCUCCCGGGCAAUCUCUUCGCCCACGUCAAUGGGCUCAUGACCAUCCAGCUGCAGAACAACCAGCUGGAAAACCUGCCGCUGGGCAUCUUUGACCACCUGGGCAACCUGUGUGAGUUGCGGCUCUACGACAACCCCUGGAGGUGCGACACAGACAUUCUGCCACUUCGCAACUGGCUCUUGCUCAACAGGGCCAGGCUGGGGACCGACACCCUCCCGGUGUGCUCCAGCCCAGCCAACGUCCGAGGCCAGUCCAUAAUCAUCAUCAGCGUCAAUGCUGCUGUCCCCAGUGUCCAGGUCCCGCCCAUCCACGAGGUACCCACCUACCCUGAAACACCUGGGUACCCAGACACAUCCAGGUACCCCGACAUCACGUCCAUCUCCACCACCACAGAGAUCACGAGCUCCGCGGAGGACCUCACCGACCUGACCACCAUCGGGGGCUCCGACACCCGCGACAUAGACAGCGGGACCCAGAGCGGGCUGGCCAUCGCUGCCAUUGUCAUCGGCAUUGUUGCGCUGGCCUGCUCCCUUGCUGCCUGCAUCUGCUGCUGCUGCUGUAAGAAGAGGAGCCAGGCAGUGAUGAUGCAAAUGAAGGCGCCCAACGAGUGCUAGGAAUGUGGGCGGGAGCUGGGCUGGGCAAGGGACACUCGGGCCCUCUGCGUGCAGCCCAAGUCCCUGCAGCAGCCAGGCUUCUGGAGAGAGGUGGGCCUGUUCUGCCUGCACCCUGUCCUGCAGCGAGACCUGCCAGACCACUGGGAAGUUUGGGGAUCCCCAGGUCACGAGCUCCGUCCCCACUUCUGCUCCAAGAACAGCCAUCCCCACCCUGGCCCUCAGCCUCUGUCCACACGGUGCUGGCAGGGCCCUUUUUGGCUGAGGAUGGUUCUCCGGACGCUCCUCCAGGCAUUCUGGAAGCGCUUGUCCCUGCUCUUGCUUCUUUCCUGGUGUGCUGGCUUGAUGCUGUCCCCUCAAGUGAAAACUAGCCCUGACUUUCUGCUGCUGAAGGCGGUGAGCUUUGUCCCCAUGGAGGCUGACCCCAGGCUGUGGUUUUUUCCGCACCGGGCAGUGCUCGCUUCAUGGCAGUGGGAAGCCGGCCACCUGCCUCCUGCACUGCACUGUCCUCUGCUUCUUCCCAGUGACUGUCACCUGAAGGGAGAGGUCAGGCACCAGCACGAUGGUUCCACCUUAUAGAGAAUUUCCAAACUAGGAAAA